CAUCUUGUUCUUUCCUCUAGCGCAGAGGAGAAAUGAGCGAACCAGGCAAACUGAUGCCCAUCAUCAGCAAAGCCUACUGUUCCUCCUCACCGAUCACCUUGACGGUGAGGCAGAGGCCUCGCGUCAUCAGCGGAGGUGGAUUCGUAGUCAUGAAUUCUACUCAGAACGCAGUCUUCAUGGUCGAAGGCUGCAGUUCCCUCGGCGCCAAGGGCCAACUGAGGCUGAAGGACGGCCAUGGAGGACUAUUACUCUCCAUCACUAAGAAGGAAAGCAUAGUCCAAUCUCUAAGCAUCCGAAAUCGAUGGGAUGGAUACUCGAUCGACUGCGAAGGGGAAAAAAAGUUCAUUUUCAGCUUGACUGAUCCGAAGUGCCCGAUCGGCAAGGAAAUCAAGAUCAAAAUUGAACACCAGGGAGCCACCACCAAAGGCUGCAGGCAGUACUUCCAAGUCAAUGGCUCUUUUGUUCAUAGAACUUGCAGUAUAGAAGAUCACAGAGGAAACAUCAUUGCACAGCUCGAAGCGAAGGGAUCGAAUGGCAGGGACUGGUACAAUGUGACGGUACAGCCGGGGCAUGACCAAGCUUUUGUGAUCGGAGUUCUUGCGGUCCUCGACAACAUUCAUGGAGAGUCAACCAGGUGCUGAUGAAGAUGACAGAAACAUGAAUGCUAAUGCCUCUGCUAGUUCUAGUUCUAGUGCCCGUAUUUACUUAACUGGGUGAUUCUGACACGAUAUAAUAUGCCUUGUUUGAUACAUUUGUUGGUUAAGCACUUCCUUUCUUCGCAGUUUUUCGAUCAAGUUAUAUAUAGAAGCUACUCAGAAAGAAGUUCGUUAUGAAUAUAUCCUAAAUGAAGGGAAG